UUGAAGUAACUGGCGUACCUGUGAGAGACUGCAAUCUCCAACCCGGAGAAGACUACCACGUAGCGGACGACAGGGACUGUACAAUAUUCUAUAAAUGUCUCUACGGUACUCCUUAUAAAGAGAACUGCCCUGCAACCCUUGUCUACGAACCAAAUCUGAAGAACUGUGUCUAUGCCCACCAGUACAAGUGCCACGUCGACGAAUGCGCCAAAGGAACGGCCACUUGCAGCCCAGGCGAAACCUGUGUCAACACCCAGGGCAGUUACUCUUGCGGAUGUCCCAGCGGUUACACGGCGUCUGCUGCUGGAACGUACAUCAAUGAGUGUGAGGCCAAACUACACAACUGUGCUGAUGGUUGCGCUAACACCAAUGGCAGUUUUACGUGUACAUGCCCCACUGGUUUCUCCCUGGGCACUGACGGAACCAGUUGUCUUGUGGACUACUGUGCUCCAGUCAAUUGCACGAACGGAGGUGUCUGCAAGAUCACCAACGACGAAGCCAGCUGUGUGUGUCCUGAUAGGUUCACAGGUUCUCGGUGUGAAAUAGAAACCUGCCCAGUUUGUCCCCUGGCAUGUGAGAAUGGAGGUCUGUGUUCAAACGGCACUGGUACUCAGCAAUGUUUAUGCCCUAAUGGCUUCACCGGAGCUAAGUGUGAGCUAAAAGUGUCUAGAGGCAGUGCGUGCACUGCAUCAACUUGUCUCAAUGGAGGACAGUGCAGUGAGCAGACUGGGAGUGCUGAGUGCUUAUGUCCCAAUGGCUUUACUGGUACCCGAUGUGAACAAGAAGUGGCCAGUACAGAUCCGUGCACCACAUCCAACCUGCAGUGCCUCAAUGGAGGCCAGUGUUCCAGUGCUACAGGUGUAACUCAGUGUCUGUGCCCAAAAGGAUUCACCGGCCCCACUUGUCAGACACCACCCUGCCAGAAGUCCAGCCUGGCCUGUCAGAAUGGUGGUCUAUGUCAGGACUCCACAGGAACUGCUUCCUGUCUAUGUCCACCUGGCUACACUGGUCAGCUCUGUGAAACUAAAGUAAUUGAUUGCAGCAAAGUCGUGUGUCUGAAUGGUGGCACUUGUGACAUUGUCAACAAAACCGCUGGUUGUGUGUGCCUGAAUGGCACAAGUGGAAGUCAUUGUCAAACCAGACAGAAUUGUGAAGCCAGUGGUGCUCCUUGCCUCAAUGGAGGACAGUGUGUAGACACGUCACAGGGUUUUGUCUGUGCUUGUACGUUUGGUUGGACUGGAACUACAUGCGGGACCAAACGUUCGUGCAGCGACAGCUACAUUAAAUGCCAGAAUGGAGCCACCUGUACAGACGCAGCUGAUGGGCCUGUGUGUAAAUGUGCUGCAGGGUUUACUGGAGAUAACUGUGAAAAGAUUGAUGGUACAGUAGAUGGUUGUUU